UGAGGGCUUAGACUUCAGAGACUUCUGUUUAAAAUAAACAGAGAAUUAGAACUCCAGAAGUUACAGAACCUACGGUUCGGCGAACCGGAACGGAAGUACCUGGUAGGAACGAGGAGGAGCCGGAAGUUAAGGCGGGGAGGGGGUGGGGGUGGAGGGAAAAGCAAGCCAGGAGGUGCUGCUGCCGCUUCUAGUAGUUUCCAGGCGCUGCCGGGCGGCUGGGACCGAGCGGUCCUGAGGCUGUGGCUGCGGCUGCUUGGGGAGCUGGUAGCGGUGCGAUAAGUGAGCUGAUGGCCAAGUGGGGUGAGGGAGACCCACGCUGGAUCGUGGAAGAGCGGGCGGACGCCACCAACGUCAACAACUGGCACUGGACGGAAAGGGAUGCUUCAAAUUGGUCCACAGAAAAGCUGAAAACUCUGUUCCUGGCAGUCCGAGUAGAAAAUGAGGAGGGCAAGUGUGAGGUGACGGAAGUGAACAAGCUUGAUGGAGAGGCGUCCAUUAACAACCGGAAAGGCAAACUUAUCUUCUUCUAUGAGUGGACCAUCAAACUCAACUGGACAGGUACCUCGAAGUCAGGAGUGCAAUACAAAGGACAUGUGGAAAUCCCCAACUUGUCUGAUGAAAACAGCGUGGAUGAAGUGGAGAUUAGUGUGAGCCUUGCCAAAGACGAGCCUGACACAAAUCUCGUGGCCUUAAUGAAGGAAGAAGGGGUGAAACUUCUAAGAGAAGCAGUGGGGAUAUACAUCAGCACCCUCAAAACAGAGUUCACUCAGGGCAUGAUUUUGCCCACAGUGAACGGAGAGUCAGUAGACUCAGUGGGUCAGCCAGCACCAAAAGCUGAGGUGUGCAAGGCUAAGUCUGCUCCUUCAAAAAGCCAGGCCAAGCCUGUUGGUGUCAAAAUCCCCACUUGUAAGAUCUCCCUUAAAGAGACCUUCCUGACCUCACCAGAGGAGCUCUAUAGAGUGUUUACCACCCAGGAGCUGGUGCAGGCCUUUACCCAUGCUCCUGCAGCCUUAGAAGCAGACAAAGGUGGGAAGUUCCACAUGGUUGAUGGCAAUGUCACCGGAGAGUUUACUGAUCUGGUCCCUGAGAAACACAUUGCUAUGAAGUGGCGGUUUAAGUCAUGGCCAGAAGGGCACUUCGCUACCAUCACCUUGACCUUCAUUGACAAGAACGGAGAGACAGAGCUGUGCAUGGAAGGCCGGGGCAUCCCUGCUCCUGAGGAAGAGCGGACGCGGCAAGGCUGGCAACGGUACUACUUUGAGGGCAUCAAACAGACCUUUGGCUAUGGCGCUCGCUUGUUUUAGGGCCAGCAGCAGGGUUCCAGCUGUUUGACACUUCAGCCCGCUCGUGAUGGGCUUGUGAUCACAGGAUUGCACCAUCCCAGCUGCUAACUUGGGGCUGGGGUCCCCCUUCCACAUACACCUUGGGUUUGUGCAUGUUUUCUGCUGGGUGGGAUCCAAGGGUGAGUUCUCUUUUAUGUGUACAUACGCUAAAUAAACAGAAUUUUAAAAGCA